AUGUCUUAUAAAUCAUUAUUCUAUAAUGAUUGUUGUUUAUUAAUUAAUGUUGAUUUAAAUUCACAACGAAUUCGUCAGUUACUUGAACGUCGUUUCAAAAGUAUUUCAAAUAAAACAAGUUUUGAUUUUAAAUCAUUACCUCCAGAACAACCAUCAAAUAAUGCCAAAGUAUCACGUUCAUUCUUACGUUAUCAACCAAAACUAAAGCCUAUACAUGAUGAUGAACAAAAUAUAUCUACUGAUUCAUCAUCAUCAGAAGAAGAAGAUAAUGAUGAUGCAUUAUCAACUAAUGAUGAUGAUUAUCUGAAUAAACUUGCUGAAUGGGAACCAGAAAAUUUUCAACCUGUAAUCGAUGACGAUGAUGAUGAAGAUGAAAAUGAAAAUGAAAAUAUUAUUCAAUCAACUAGUAAAGAAAAUAAUAAUGAAGAUAAUGAGAUCAAUCAAAUGGACUAUUCAACAGUUGAAGAUUCUUCUACAACUCAUGCUGAAGAUCUACUUGUUACAUUUAUUCAUCGUCCUCUUAAAACUGAACCAAUAAGUUUUGAUAAUAAUAUAUUUCAUUAUCCACCACAAUUAGAUGGUCAAAUUGAUUUUUCAUCAACAAAAUCUUCAACUGAAUCAAAUCAAACUACAAGUGGUAAAAACUUAGAUGAUAUCAUAGCUAAAGUAAAAGCAAAAACUCGUAUACCAAAUUGUGCUAUUCAAAUACAUAAAGUUCCACCACCAAUAAAUAAAUGUCGUUCAUAUGAGGAUGUUAAAAAGAAACCAAUAAGUCCAACUAUAAAAACAAAAUCUUUACAAUUAGUUCCAAAAUCUAAUCGAACAAAAGAACAAACUAAAACAAUUAUACCACCAUUAUUAACAAUGGUAUUAAAAAAUAAUGAAGAUACAAUACGUCCACUUGAAACACGAAUAUCAUCAAUACAAACAAAUAUUCAAAAACCUUCUCGAAGAUCAUCAAAUAAUAAUUUACAAUCAACAAUAUCAAAAAAACAAAAUCAAAAAAGAAAUUUAUCAAAUGAAGAACAUAGAUUUUCUCAACACCGAAUAAAAUCUUCUUCAAUUAAUAAUAAACAAAAGUAUAUUCUACAAACACAAACAUCGAAAGAAAAAUCUGCCUUCGUUCAUAUGACAUUAGCUGAACAAAAAUUAAAUUCUUUUCAAAAUCAUCAACAAUUAAAAACUUCAACAUCAAAAACUUUAAAUUCUAAUUCUAUUACAUCAACAACAACAACGAAAUCAAAAGAAUAUAUGAAAAUUCCAUCCAAACCAUUACGACCAAUCGAUUCACCUAUUCGAAAUUCAGAAUCAACAACUGCAGUUUUAAAUGAUCAUAAUCAACAAAUAAAGAAAAAACCAAAGAAAAUAAAACGUUUAGAUACAAAAAAAACAAAUUUAUCAUUAAAUAAUAAAUUACAAACAAAAAUUAUUAAACAAAAAUCAAAAGAACACAAAGUUCUUCAAAAAUCAAAAUUAAAUAGUCAUGAAUCAGAACCAUCAAUUCAUACAACAAAUUCUAUUGAUACUGUUAAUAAACGACCAGAAAAUUUCUUUCAUAAUUGUAUUGUAAUUGAUGAUGAUGAAUUAGAAGAAUAUAAUAACAAUCAUGCUGAUGAUGAUGAUGAUGAUAUACAAGAAAUUGAACAACAACAAUAUUCAAUUUCAUAUGAUAUUCGUACUCGUGAAAAACUUCUUGAUCAUGCUGUUCAUUCAUCAUUAAUGCAUACGAAAUGGUUAUUUAAUCUUGAAUAUCUUCUUCUUGAACAUAUACUUAUUUGUCAUGAAAAACAUAUUCAUCCAUUAAAUAAAACAUAUGAAAAUUCUUCUAUAAUUAAAUAUGAAUAUCCAAUAAAUUCAUCAUCUUAUAAUAUUGAUCCAUCAUUUAUUUCUAUUAUAAUGAUAAAUUUUAUAAAAAUGUUUAUUUUACGAAAUUCAAUUAAUGAUCAACAAGAAUUUUCAUUUAUACAAUUUGGUAUAACAUCACAUAUACGUUAUUUAUUAAUUGAAUUACCAACAUAUAAUCAUAAUGAUGAAAAAGAUUUAAAUGAUAAUUGUUCGAAAUGUCAUCAAUAUUCAUUAAUAAUAAAUAUAUUAUUUGAUUUAUUAUUUGAUUUAAUUGAAUAUGAUUUAUGUGAAAUAAUAUCAAAAAUAAAAUAUCGUUCAUCAUUAAUUGAAGAUGAUUAUUUUACAAGAUUUUUACAAUCAAAUAUAACAAAAACAAAUUCAUAUUAUCGUAUUAAAUUAAUUAUUUAUUUUAUUGAAUUAAUUGGUAUACAUAUGAAUAAAUGUCAAAAUAAAAAACGAUUUCAAUUUAAUCAAAAUGAAGAUAAAUUAUUUCAAUCUAUUGAAAAUUUUAUUCGACAUAUUAUAUCUCAAAAUAGCAAUUCAACCGAUGAAAAAAUUUCAAUAUGUUUUAAUGUUAUGGAAUUAUGUCUUUUAUUUGUUAAUGAAAAAGAAAUUCGAAUAAAACAGAUGGCAUUCUUUUUAUCAGAAUUAUGUCAAGAAAAUUCAAAUUAUUUAAAUGUAUUUCUAUUUGAUAAUAAUUUACUUUCUGAUAUUCGUUUAUUAUUAAUAAAUGAAUUAAUUUUGAAAAAAUUUAAUUUGAAAUUCAUUUCAAUUAAUUAUAUUAAUGAAUUUUUUCGACAAAUUCAAAAUAUUUUGAGUUCAUCAGAACCGAUUAAUGAUUUUGUAUUAUUACUUCUAAGAAGUUUGUUUACAACUUAUGCUGAUUUGAUAACUGAAAUUAAAGUAUUUCCUUUUAUGUAUACGAGCUUUGCUCAACAAAUAACAACGGUAUUACGAAAUCAACUUGAAUUAGUAUUUGUAAAAUUAAUAGAAGUUUCUUCUCCUAAUCCAACAUAUUUUGAACAAAUCAAACGAACAAUAAUAUUCUAUCGGCUUCUAAAAUGUAGAUGGAAUAGAUUGUAA